UAGUUCACUUAAAAAUGAUAGCUGACUUAAUGAUAAGGUUGCUGUGCAUUUGUAACAAAGCGAUUCGCUGAUUGGCGGCUUGUGCACGCAAUAUGCUUGGCGGCUUACUCCAUCACAUUAAUGUUAACCGUGCUAUCUUUACGUCUGGUAACCUCUACCCCGGCGCAGUUCAGAUCCUGCUUUUACAAGAAGAUGGCAAUAAUAACUCUACUUUAAUGUGAAAAUUCCAUAUAAAUCACACAGAACCUAUGUGUGAAAGCUUAACCAUUUAAGAGUAGUGGGAUUCUUUUUGACUUCUUUUGCUCUUGAUAGCUCCUUGUUUUGUCACAGUAGCUUUGGAAUGCCAUUAAAAGCUAAAUAUUUUGUGUGCUAGAAAAGGAGUCCAGUGUAAGGAGUGGAUUAAGGCUACAGCUGGAUCAUGUCGGCGGUGGCUAGCGCUCAGCCACACUUCGUCUUUGGAACGCAGGCCAGGGUGCCAAACAGCCUUGCCUAUUUUGAUGAACAGACCGUAAUUUUCCCGUCUGGAAACAACUGUGUUUUCUAUGACACUCACCGGAAAUGUCAGCGCUUCGUUCCAGCUACUGAGAAAAGCCAAGGAUUGCAGGCCUUGGCCAUCAGCCCGGACCGUCUCUACCUGGCUGUGUCAGAACGCGGUGAGAAGAGCACCGUCACAGUGUAUGAACUUCAGCAAGAUUACAUGAGGAAGAGGAAGGUGCUGAGUGGAGAAGGCCUUUUGCAGGUGUUUGUCUGUAUGGCCUUCUCCCAUGACUCUCAAUACCUGAUUGGGCAGUCAGGAGAACCAGACUGGACCCUCUUCUUGUGGAUCUGGCAGAAGAAUAAGCUCAUUCCCACCAUAAAGACUGGUGGGCCCACCUCUCCCAUCUGUAAGGUGAGCUUCAGUCCUCAGGACAAUACUCAGGUCUUUGUGUGUGGACAUGGCGUGUUCAAGUUCUUCAGUUAUGUGGAGGGGACCCUGAAACAGACCAACAGCAAGAGGCAGGAGCCCCACCACUACCUGUCCUAUGACUGGGUGUCUGAGAGCGAGGUGCUGAUGGGCACUGACAGGGGCCAACUGCUCCUCUUCAGGUACCAAGACCUGCUGUGGAGGACAGACCUGAGAACCAUACAGGACCCUGAACGGUUAGAGGAGCAGAAGCAGGAAGACAUCCAUGUCACAGCCAUCGCUGCCUACUCCAAGGGCUUUGCCUGCUCCGCUGGACCAGGGUUGGUUUAUCUGUUCCAGAAGACGAAGGAUACGGACAUCUACAGGAUAUCCAGAGAGAUCCGGAUCCCGUUUGAUAUCUAUAGCAACGAUCCCAUCCUAGCUGUGCAGCAGGAGAUUGCCUCCAUGUGUGUUAGUCCACUGAAGAAGAGCCUGACAGUCAGCACUGACCUUGGGCAGCUCUACACCGUGGACUUGACCUCGGAGAAGGACCAACCCCAGUUUCAGUUCCUGUCCCACUCCUUCCACUGUGGUGCCGUUACCGGUCUGUCCAUCUGCAUUCAGAAACCGCUCCUGGCCACCUGCUCCAAGGACCGCACGGUCCGCAUCUGGAACUUCGAGACCAGGACGCUGGAGCUCUGCAAGGUGUUCUGUGAGGUUCCGCUCAGCAUAGCACUCCACCCCACCGGUCUCUCCAUCCUGGUCGUCUUCCUAAAAAAGCUGCUUUUGCUGAACUUGCUUAUCGAUGACGUCAGAACCUUCAAGGAGUUCCCUCUGGCAGGGUGUAGAGAGUGUGGGUUCAGCCAUGGGGGGCACGUGUUUGCAGUCGCCUGUGGAACCGACAUUCACUUUUUCUCCACUACAACACUGGAAAAAGUCCUGAAACUUACGGGUCACAAGAAAAAGGUUCAGUCCAUCGAUUGGAGUGAAGAUGACAGAAAGCUGGUGUCGCUUGAUGUGGAUGGUGCUGUUUAUGAGUGGAACGUCAUCACCGGCGAGCUGCAGUUAGAGAUCGUCCACACGUCUUACAUGUACACUAGUGUUGCCAUUUCCCCCGACAGCAAGAUCGUCUUUGUUGUGGGAACAGACUUUACCCUGAGAGAGAUUCAUGAUGCCAAGAUCCUGGCUGAAGUGCCAACCGGUGACGUCACCUACACAACGAUGGCCCUGUCCCGGUCCGGCAGGGUGCUGUUCUGUGGCACCACUACUGGAGCCGUGAUGGCCAUAUCCUGUCCCCUGUUUGAACCGAAGAACUUCCUGUACCAGGGCCAGGGCCACACUGCUCCUAUUACCAAGAUGAUCGUCACAUUUGAUGACCACUUCCUGCUGACUGUAUCAGAGGACGGCUGCCUGUUCAUCUGGAAGAUUGUCUGGGAGAGGUAUGGUCUGAAGAAGGACAUGGAGUUGUGCUACUUGGAGGAGAUCUUCAUCACCAAGUCUGACCUAGAGGAAAAGAACCGGCUCAUGCAGGAGCUCAGGACUCAAGUGAAGGAACUGAAAAUAGACAACAGAUUUCAGCUUUGCUUCAAGGACAUGGACCACGAGCGGGAAGUGCGGAAGAUGACGGAGAAGUACACCGAGGAGAUUGAGAACCUGAAAACCAACAACGAGGUUCUUACAACGGAGAAUGAGAGGCUGGAGCUGUUCCACGAGGAGACAAUGGAAGCAGUGGUGGAGAAGAACACCAGAGAGCUUCGAAUUUUAAAGGCGGAUACGUACCGGAAGCUGACUCACGAGUACGAGGUCUCCCACGCCAUGCAGCUCAACUCCCAGAAGAAGCUGGAGGAGUACGAGUCCAAACUCCACAAGAUUGAGGACAGCCACAGACGGGUGCUCCAGGACCUAACUGGACGUUACGAGUCCAGGCUGCAGGAGAACAUUGUUAGGCUAACAGCAAGCGAAAGCGUGUCCCAUCAGCAGCAGCAGGAGUACGAGGUGAUGAAGAAGAUGAUGGAGGAAGACGCAGACCGAGAGAUCCUGGACAUCCGCUGCAGAUAUGAGCACGAGCUACAGAAAGAGCAGGCCAUCGCCACCGAGUACCGGGACGAGACCGGCAUCAUGAGGAAAAAGGCCAGUCAUGUGCAGAAGGAGAUGAGCAACAAGAACACGGAGAUCGAGAAACUGAAACUGGAACUUCAGAAGCGUCAGAAUGUCAUCGAUGCCUUAAAGAAGGACAUCGUGGGCUUUAAGAAUGAGAUCAAACUGAGGAACAGCAAUAUUGAGGAGAAGGAGAAGUGUAUCAGUGAACUGAGGAACAUGAUCACAGACCUCGAUAAGUCCAAAUUUCUCAUGGACUACAAAAUCAAAGAGCUGCUGAAUAAAGUCGAGCCCAAUGAGAAGAUCAUCGAAGAGAUGAAGGAGCAGAUCCAGGAGAUGGAGGGUGAACUGGAGAUGUUCAAAACGGAGAACACCAAGAUGAAGCUGAUAAUAUCAGAACUCAAAGUAAAACUGAAGGUCUCAGAUACAGAUAAGCGUAGAGAAAUGCAAAAGCUGAGCAACAUGGAGUUUCGGAUGUGGAGCUUCAAGUCGGACCUUCACCACUGUGUGGAGUUCAUCCAGGACCCCCGGAGACUGAAGGAAGGGAUAUGGAAGCUCCACAGCACCUACCUGGAGCCGUCCGAUGUGGAGUUCAUCCAGCGGCUGGACUCCGACUCUCAGGAGAGCAUCCGUCAGGUUUUAUGUGAGCGGGAGGAAAUGGCGAGGAACGCGAUUCAUGCACUCAAGAGCAUGCUGGCCAGGGAGACGGAAACGCGCCAGGCUUCCACUAUGAAGACCAUGAAGGAAAAUGCAACACUGAUCACUGAGAUAAACAAUUUACGCUGCAAUCUGAUAAUCCUGGAAGAUCAGCUCCGCAAGAACCAGUCUGAGUUGAACAGAAAGCGGAACUUUUUAGAAGACGAAGGCCCCACGUCCCUGUUCCCCCUCACGGCAUUGGCUGAGGUGCAGAAGGAGCAAGAGCGGACCGCCCAGCUGCGGGUCGAGCCACUGAAGAGGCCUUCCCAGGGGGCCGAGGGGCAAGCCAAGCCUGGCCAGCCCCCCCACGGAGGCAAAGAGCCCCAGAGCAUGCCAGAGACAGGGGCCCUCCCCAGCCCCCCGUCGUAGAGCCAUAAUGGUUGUGAAUAUCAUAAACAUCUGCAUUCUGAAUGGGUGGGACUUUGUAUAUAAGAUGCUGGAAUUUCAUACAUGGUGAAACCAAAAUGUCAAAUUGGUUC